CUCUUGUGAUCUUUUCAGAUUAUUCUUCCCUUCCAUCUUCAGAAAUGGGAAUUCUCCGGUGCCCUUUCCCUUGCCGGAGGGCUGAAGAUUCCACCCACCAAUCUCCGUCCUCCCACCUCCACUCGGAGUCCUCCUCCUCCUCCUCUCUCUACUCCCAGUCCAGCCUCCCCUCCGUUCCUUCCCUCACGCCGCCGCCUCACGACCAACCCGCCGCCUCCCGCCACCACUGCGCCGCCACCCUCCGCGCCCACUCCUCCCACAUCUUCUCCCUCUCCCUCGCCGGAAAACACCUCUUCAGCGGCACAUCCGAGGGCGAGCUCCGGAUAUGGCCCCGUGACCCUUCCCCGGCUUCCACCCUCCACGGCACUGCAGUCGCCUCUACCAAUAGCGCCGUCAAGGCCCUCGCCGUUCUCGGCGGAAAGCUAUUCACGGCUCACCAGGACCACAAAAUCCGGGUGUGGAAGAUGGAUCUGGACGCCGGCAGCGGCGGCAACCAGCAAUUCAAGUGCGUGGCCACAUUACCGACAGUCCAAGAUCGCGUCGCCAGGCUCUUCUUCGCCAAGAACUAUGUGGAGGUCCGGCGCCACAAGAAGUGCACUUGGGUGCACCACGUCGACACAGUAUCGGGGCUGGCGGUGUCGAGAGACGGCUACUUGCUAUACUCCGCUUCCUGGGAUCGGACCUUCAAGGUCUGGCGAACCGCCGACUUCAAGUGCUUGGAAUCGGUCCGGAACGCGCAUGACGACGCGAUCAACGCUCUGGCUUUGUCGACCGAUGGGUUCGUCUACACCGGCUCGGCGGACAAGAAGAUAAAGGUGUGGAAGAAGCAAGAAGGAGAGGAGAAGCACAGCCUGGUGGCAACAUUAGAGAAGCACAAGUCGGCCGUAAAUGCUUUGGCUCUUAGCACCGAUGGGUCCGUGCUUUAUUCCGGCGCCUGUGAUCGGUCCAUAAUUGUUUGGGAAAAAGGCUGCGGCGGCGGCGGCGGCGGCGAGUACAUGGCGGUGGCCGGGGCACUGAGAGGGCACGGCAAGGCGAUUCUGUGCCUGGCGGUGGUGGCGGAUGUGGUGUUCAGUGGAUCGGCGGAUAAAACGGUUAGGAUUUGGAGGAGAACGGUUGAGAGGAGUUACUGUUGUUUGGCGGUGCUCGAAGGGCACAGAGGGCCGGUGAAGUGUUUGACGGCAGCUGUGGAUGGUAGCUGUAGUAGUAGUGGUGAUAGCAAUUCCUGCUCUGGAAAUGGGACUUGCUAUAAGGUGUAUAGCGGCAGCCUGGAUUGUGAUAUUAAGGUCUGGCAAAUAUGGGUUCCCUCCCUUUAAUUAAUUGCCUUUUCCUUUUUUAUGGGUUUUAAUUUUUUUGGGAAUUUUUUGUACAUAAAAGUGGAAGAUUACUUCAUUGUUUCUUCAUGGAAAUGAUGAUAUUCUUAUAGUAAUAAUUUUAUAAUUAGCAGUAAUAUUUCUAUAAUCUUA